UUUUGCAGCCAUCUCAAUUUAGGCUUUGACUGGCAUUACUAUGUUGAUUUGCUCCCCUUUUUCAGGGGAGAUUUACAGAAAACUCUUAAUUUGUUUGCCGAGGCGGCACACGAUAUCGCUACUGGAGACAUAGUCGCGGGUAUAAUGCAGCGCGCUGGCGCUGGUGCCUGGCAUCUACUACCCACGCAAGCCAUAUUCUCCUGUCUUCGGCCCGGUAAGCUACUUAAUGGUCACCUUAGCUUCGUUGGUGGUGGUGGCUUCGGAGGCAGUGGGGGCAUCUCGUUUCCUUCUUGGUUCGGUCGCAACAGCACCAGAAACCGAUUGCUCCGUCUCGUUGGAGAGCUUUCCACUCAUUUGAGGCUCGCCACGCUCGGUUCGGCAGGUGAUCCUCGCUGCCUUGUGCAGGAUUAUGCUGCCGCUUUGUCAAGUAAAUUGACACAACCACUAAAGGAAGGUAAGAUUUUAUUGCAACUUUCUUUUACUCGGGAAUAA